GUCUGCCCGUGCAGUGUGACUGUGAAGUGUGUAGGUACUGUGUAGUGUGCAGCUCAGUACCUUUUCUUAAACAGUUUAAUGGUUAUAACCUUUUCUAUGCCAGGAAUUAGUUAAGCGUGUAUUUUAUUGUUUUAACUUUCAGAUAAGAAGUGAUCAUUGCAGUUAAUAUUACCUCCACAAUGAGUUCUGGAUUCCUAAGUCGCGCGUUCUUGCCUUUGCGGCAAGUGAUCACAACUCAGACAUCACACUUGCACAGCUCAGCUGUUACAUAUGCUGCUGUAAAGAAAACUACUUCCGCAGCUGGAGGUGUAAUGGGGCUGGGGAAGGGCAAGAAAAAAGUCGGCAAGCUAGGCGCCAUGGAAAAGAAGGAAAUGCCUGUAGAGACAGACCCACACAAGCUCGUUAACUAUGUGUGUGGCUCCAACAUCUAUACCACAGGAGAGGAUGUCAAGUUGCAGGAGGACGGCGCGUACCCGGCGUGGCUGUGGGAGCUGCGCGUGGGGCGCGCGCCGGCGCUGCACGAGCUGGCGCCCGACUCCAAGCGGUACUGGCUGCGCGUCCGCACCGCCGCCAUGCGGCGCAACAACAAGCUGCGCGCCAUGCGCAAGUUCUAGGAGUACUAGCGACCUGACUAGCUGUAGCUACGUGUAAAUAUUAGGUAGACAAUAAUACGCAACCUGUACAAAUAUAC